CAGAAAUCUUGUAGCGAUUUUGGGUAAAAAAAAAAUACAAUUUUCAAAGUAGGCAACUGAAAAUAUGGCAGAAGAAGGCGAAGAUGUCAGGACUAGCGAGACAAUUCGCAUUAAUAUUCUGCGGUGUCGCCAGCUGCGUGGUGUAAAGGGAGAUUCGAUAACUUCGUAUGUUCAUGCUGACUUUGACAAUAAGUCACUUGGAGAUUCUUCUAAGGUGGACUCAACACCUGAAACAGAAGCGGAAUAUAAUUUUUCAGCAAGUUUUGAAUGCACAUUCACAGAAGUUGGACACACCUUUGACGAUGUUGCUUAUAAGCCAGUCAUAAUUACUGUAAAUGAAGUUUUACCAAAAGAAAAAAAGCAGAAAGAUGAAAAGACAUCCGUUAUUGGCCAAUGUACAAUUGAUUUACUUCCUCUACUUUAUGGGGAACUGAGGGUGGAAAGUACGUUACAACUUCAUCCUGUUGUUGGUUCACCAAUGGAAAAUUUACCUCCUGAUAUCCCGAAGGCUGAAAUUGAUGUUGUUAUAUCUGUAAAUGAGCAAUUACUUGAGUCCAGCAAUCUCACUCAGAGCAAUUUGUUGACAGUGAGAGUAGGAUCUGCAUAUUCUUUACCUGACUCCUGGUCUUUGCUAGGAGCACAAUACAAUUAUGCAAUUGGAAUGCCGAUUCCCACUGCAGCUGAGAAAGAAAUACCAUUGAUAUUUACAAAUGGAAGUUUAAAACCUGGUGCUGAAAAAGAGAUGUCUAAUCGGCCUUUGAAAUGGUUUAAUUUACCCAAUGUUACAAGUGCUGCUCAGUAUAUACCAAGCAGUGUAUUGGAAAGACUGUCUCCCGAUGAGGAGAAAGGAGAUUUAAAACAGAAGGAUGCUCUUGACUUUCGAAGAGAUUGUGAAAAUGAGAAGAACAGGGUAACCUGGGAUACUGAAAGACGAUAUUAUCUUGAACCUAAUGCAAGAGCUGUUUUCCAAAACAAGAUUGCUGAAACCAGAUUAUGGCCGGUAGAAAUUAUGCGAAUGCCACCUCCAGCACAACCAAAAGCAGCAGGUGGUGGAAAAAAAGACAAGGGUGGAAGUGUUGAAGAAGAUCAUCAAAUAUCAUUUCAUGGUGUUUGUUAUGUUGAUCUUGGACCACUCUUAUAUCCUGGUGUUAAAAAAGUUGCUGGUGCAUUUCUUGUUCAACCUUUCAAUGAUCAUGAUUUAGCUGAUAAAACGAAAAGGAAACAAGCCAUUGCAAAUGAUGUCAUUAGAGUUAAUAGUAGCAUCAGCAGAAUGACUGGUUCUUCUCCAGUACAGAAAGGUGGGAAAGGAACAGCUUCAGUCGCUAAGGACACUCCAUCGAAAAAAAGCUCAGCAGUUAUGAGGCCUACAGACACUGGUUCGGAAGGAGAUGGUAUUCAUCAUAACAUAGAAGGUGAAAUGUAUUUGGAAGCUCGUACUUUUGUCUACCUGGAGUUUAUAUUACAUCAACCUCUUGUUCCAAGACGUGAACCUGAACAACUCGCUAAACUUGUUAGUGAAUACAUUCCUCCACGUCCACCUUUCAAACGAGCUGUAGGCGGAGCACAAAAAGCUGUGGAAGAUUUCCACAACCAAAUAGGAAGUGUUUCAACCAUGGUUUUAAAUGAAUUUAGAAAUUUGUUUGGUGAAGAAAUAUUGGAUUCCGAACAACCUCAGAAUCCAGAAAAACAAGAAGAAAGAAGAAAACAACUUUUAUUCAAGCUCAAUUCUUCUGGAAAAUAUUUUGCUUUUAAAGAACAAAUUAAGCAUUCCAUUGUGAAAAUCGUUCGUGAGAAAUACAUGAAAACAACAGCAUUCACAGACAAAGGAGAAUUGCAGGAGUUUCUGAGUGAACUUUAUGUUUAUUUAAUUGAUGAAAUGCAUGAAAGUCUUGAAAAGGUAUUGUUGGUUGGUGAUCAAUAUGAAGGAUCACCAAGAUCAUUUGCUGAUUCGGAACAAUUGAAGAGAUUUGCUCAAGAAGCUGAAGUUAAUGAAGAAUAUGAUGAUGCAGCAAUGUAUUAUCAAGAAAGAUUGACAAAAGAUAAAAAUGAUCCUGAACAUUGGUUUGAUUAUGGAACUUUCAAUUUAUUGAUUGGAGAUUAUUCAAAAGCUGCAGAAUGCUUCAAAGAAUCUGUUUCAAUCAACCAGACAUUCACAAAGGGGUUAUUAAUGUAUGGUAUAUUAUGUGCAAUGGAAGGAGACAAAGAAGAAGCAGAAACUGUAUUUGAAAGAACGACCGGUUUAACUUCCAACAGCUCUGAUCUACCUUCUUGCUUGAGUUGGACGAUCCUAGCUUUGUUUUAUGAUAAUCUUGGAAAUGAAAUUCGUGCCGAGCAUUCUUAUGCAGAAGCAAGACAAAGAAAUGCAACUGCUUAUUCAUCAGAACAUGACACAGCAGAAGAAAAUGAUACUAUGGAUCAAUUGCCAAGCAAAGGAGAUCUUGAAACAGUAACAUCAUCUCUGUUACCACCAAGCGCUGGUGCAGUGAAGCAGUCAUCAGGUUCUGUGAAAUCUGCUUCUACAACUAAAGGAAACAAAACUGGGAAACGAGAUGGCCCAGGAAGAAUAAAAAGUUCAGCAGAAAACAGCACUUCAUCAAAAGAAAUUUUACCAAAUGAUCAGAAACCACAGUCACCUUUGAAAGAUGAAUCUGCUGCAUCAAGAAUGAAGAGCAUUUUCCUGCGAACAUCUGAAUGGUUGUUGGAUAUGAAGGCAUUAAAGUUUGCUGAAAUUGCACUGUCACACGAAUUGCUUGAUCCUCUUGGAGGUCCGAGUGCAGAAUAUCAUGUUGCACUCGCUCGACUGCAUAUGAUGAGAAAGGAAUAUACCCAAGCUGAGGAGAACCUCAACCAUGCGACUCGUAUCGAUCAUCAGCAUCCUGAUGCUUGGGCUAUCACUGGUCACCUUCAUUAUGUGACUGGCAACUUACCUUCAGCAAGAGAUUGUUAUGAACGAACACUCGCAUUCAUUGCUGAUGCCUCAGAAAUGCAUGCAAUAUAUUUGAGACUUGGAACUAUUUAUAUCAUGGAAGAAGAGUACUUGAAAGCAAAAGAAACCUUCCUACUUGCUUGCAAAUAUUCUCCAUCGUGUGUUUCAUGGCUCGGAGUGGGAAUUGCAUGUUAUCGGUUGAAUGAACUAUCAGAAUCUGAAGAUGCAUUAGCUGAAGCAAAUUUAUUGAACAAUAGCAAUCCUGAAGUUUGGGCAUAUUUAUCUCUUGUUUGUUUACAGACUGAAAGAAAACUUGAAGCUGAACAAUCUUAUAAAUAUGCGAUGAAUUUAAAAUUAAAAGAUGAAGAUUUGAUUCAUGAAAUUCAUCUGAUGCAAAAGAAAGUUGGAUUUGGAAACCCUUCAUUUUAAAUAGAAACAAUUUUAUUUAAAAUAUUUUAUAGUAGCUGUUGCCUGUUUUUUUGUAAGUUUCAAUUCAUAUGAGUAAAUAUAUUUUGU